AUGAUUAGUCAAUGUGUACGAUUCGAGCCGAAUUUUUUCAAUAAGGGGAAAUGCAAGAAUUGUUACAAAUCCAAAGAACAGCACAGUGUGGAUACGUUGGAGAAGGCUAAGAUGAACCGCAAAGUGACUGCUUGUGGUUUUCUCUACGUAGCUCCGCCAAACCUCGAUUUUUCAUUACAGUCACAUUCAGCGAAGCGAUGGCAACGGCGAUGGUUCACUCUCUUCGAUUCGGGCGAGCUCACAUGGGCGCUGGACAACAACCCGGAUACAGUCCCUCAGUUGACCAUCGACAUGACUAGAUGUCAUCGUGUUUGUGAGGCUGAUUCCAUAACAGGAAACUCACAUUCGAUUCUAAUGGCGUUUAAAACCGACGGCGACAGUACACAACCUUCGAUUGUCUACGUAAAAGCGGACACAACGGACGAAAUACGCUGGUGGCAAAAUCUGCUUAAUAUGUAUGCGAAACAGAAUUCGAUUCAAGUACGACCAAGGCGACAAAUUACCGACGAGAAGUAUGAACCGAUAGCGGUAAUUUCACCCGAGCCGGAUGUGGAGUUUUCCGCGUGUUCGUCGCGAUGUUCUUCUCUGGAUCGACUGGAGGCCGAGCGAACUGGACCGACCGCUGAGCAGAAAGAAGUCACGGCUGCUAAGGGAACGCAUGGAACACCGAGGAGUGUGAAGCAGAGGGAUCGAAGUUCGAGGGAGGAGCCGUUGCUGCGCCGAUCCGAGUCUUCCCAUUCCAUAACCGCCGCGCCGCCCACGACGAUCACUUCGAAUGUGAUUUGUCCGGUGAUAGCAAGAACCGCACCGUCACCACCACAAUUCCCAUCUCGACAAUCCUCACUUCCUGUGAAUCUCACCCCUUCCCUAUCGGUGGUAACUCCUCCCACUCCAACUGAGGAGAAGAAAAAUUACGGGCAGGCUUGUCAUAUCGAUACAUCCAUGGCGCAUACGCUCCGAAAAGGAUGGUUAAUGUUACGCGGAAAGACGGACGCUGAAUGGCAAAAUCAUUGGGUGGUCUUGGCUGGAUUAAGCUUAAAAUUAUACAAGGAUGUAUGGGCGGAGGAUUCCACCGAACCACUGAUCGCCAUUGAUCUCUCCGAAUGCGAGAACGUAUAUCCGUCGGCAAGCGCAAAAAAUUAUGGAAUCGAGAUCAAGUGUCGCCGUACACGUUAUGUGCUCUCAGCGAUGACUCCCGGAAUACGCGACAGUUGGAUUACAGCACUGCUUCAAAACAGGCACAAUCCUUCGCCAACCUAUACGGACACAUGCGCAUCGAACGAUGCGAUGAGUAUGGCGGACAGUUCAGAUAUCCUUGGAAUGCCAUUGCGAAAGAAACAUAUCGCUUAUGUCGCUCCGGAAUCACAUCAUUCAAAUUCGAUUAUGGACGGGGAAUCGUCGACAGAGGACGAGUUAAGCGCAAUGCAACGUGGACGACAUCGUCGAAGUCGAUCGAGUCGCGGUGGAUCGCGAUCCUCCAUCGACAUCGCACGACGUGAACGUGGGAGUCUUUCACCGUCCGUUCGACGAUCGCCAGUCGCUAUCGUGAAGGAACGAAAUCAGGAUAUUCGGCAUCGUCAUCCAUCCACCUCCUCCGUUGCGUCCAGCACUAAUAGAUCAAAGCAGAGCCGAAAAUCUACAACGCGUUCCGUACCACGUUCUUCACCUCAAUGUCAGGAGUCAAGGCUUAGGUCUCUGGAAGCUCAGGUGCAAAAUCUACGGGACCAACUACGAGAGACUUCAGCAAGGUUGGGUGAUUCAAAAACAGAAAAUGAACGACUACGAUAUCUUUACAAUAGCGGAGAGUCGAGUUCGCUGACUGCGUUGAGGAAGUCGUUGGCUGUUGCCGAGCAGGAUGUGAGGAAGAAACAAGAGGAGAUGGAGGAGCUGCGCUCACAACUUGUUAAUCAGGACUACGAACAACGAGUUGCCGCUCUGCAACCGCGUUUGAUCACGAUGCUUCGCGUCCAACUUACCGCCAUCACGAACAUCACUAAAUCGCGUCUACUGGAUCAAAGUAUAAACAUUGGAGAAGACAUCAAGGAGCUGAGGCAGAUGCUGGACGACGUGCACGAGGGCGAUCUAGAAGAGAUCCAGAAGAUACUUGAAGAUACCACCGUACUCUACGACCAGAUUUCACGAGGCAUUGUAUUCCCAUCUCAGUCAGAUUCAUGGACAAUGACUGAGGGAGCAGUAGAAGCCGAAUCCGAUUAUUCGGAUGAAGAGGAGGACAGUAAACAGGAUAGUGAAUGGCAAGCGGAGAUGACAGCAAUACAGAAUACCCACCAAUCCGAACUGGAAACCAUUCGGCACCACUAUGAACACCAAUUGAAGGGGAUGCGAGAGCGUAUUGAACACGAGGAAGCGAGGAGACGAAAACUUCAAGAAGAACUUGUACAAAUCACGACACGCAACGAUCAAUCACUUACCACUGUAAAAGCAUCUUUUGAAGAUGUUCUAGAAGAGCAGCGACAUGGAUUCCAAGAAGAAAUGGAACAGCUUAAGCGAGAACAUCAAAAAGAAUUGGAUGAGGAGAAGGCAGCGACAAGAUUAGCUCUGGAAGCUGUUAGACGAGCUCACGAAGAAGAGCUGAAAGCUGCAGCAUCACGAAAAAUCAACAGUGAUAAAGACCGUGAAGGGACGAGACAGAAUUUCAGUGUAAUGUUGGAACAAAUGCGUGAAGAAUUGACAACUCUCUCAGCUGCGUAUUCAGCAAAAUGUAUUGAAAACGCACAACUUGACGAGCGACUGUCAGCGUUGAUGGAACAACGAGAACGAGAAGGCGACAGCGAGGAUAUCCAGCGAUUGCAACGAGAUUUGGUCGCACGCGAUGCUCAAGUGGCAGAAUUGCAGCGACGAAUUACCGCCUACGAGCUACGAGGUGGUGAUUCUCCAAGUGGGAUCAGCGGAGAUCGUCUUCGCGACAAGGACGAGUCGUCCUCGGAGGCACCAUUCCCAGAGAAAACCAGCAACAACUUAGCAGUCAAGUAUAGAAAGAUGAAUAAAAACAGGCGUACUGACAUUCGUUUCCACAGUAAUCCGGUAAUUCCAAUGCUGGAGGGAGUUCCUGAGUACCUCAUCGAAGACGUUCGUCGUUCCUUAGCUGUGCCUGUCAGCGAAAGGCGGAAAUUCUUUGAAACUAUUGCCGAAUACAGUACACCUUUCUGA